AUGUUCAGACAGGACAUCUUGACUGUCGAUGAGAAUGAUGCUGACGCAGAAGUCGUUGAUUUCUACUUUCAUAAACGUCACAUUGCGGUGGGAUGCCGCCUCCAAGUUAACCGCAUUCUCAAGCGUAAACUUGGCGGACAAGAACCUGUGCUCAGGCCUUCCAAAGCUGACACAGUCGUUGGGGCCAACGACCCAACUCAUAAUGAUAUAGUCCCGAUUGGCUUUGGGGAUUCCGACGAAGAGUAUGACUCGGAGACCUGGGAAGAAAUCGAAGAGGAACAAAAGGAACGAGCCGCCCGCAUCGCGGCAGCGCCUUGUAAAAUGACCCCUGAGGAAGUCGGUGCAGCAAUUGAGAAAGCCACUACAGAAAUUGUGACCAAAUGGCGAGAAUCUAAAUUACCCAAAUUGGAGCACAAGGCCAAUCGGAUUUGGAACGAAAAACGAAGGUAUGGUCUGCUGAAGCAAGCCAUCGACAAAGAGCGGAGAGAUUACGAGGCCUUCAAGGUUCGUCUCAAGAUUUAUCGAGAGGAUAUAGUCCGCGGAGAGUGGCACCAGGAAGCCGAGAUCAAGAAGGCCGCUCGCAGUCUGGAAGCAACCAUCGAAGAUAUCCAGAAAUCUAUAUGGAUGCUGAAGCUGCUACCGUCUCCAACCGAGCCCCAGAAGCUCCCAGGUCGUCCCAGGGUUGCUGUCAGCAAACGCCAAAACAAUCCCAUAGACCAUGAUGACGACGAAGAUGUCAUUACAAGCGACUCAGAGGAUGAUUUGGACAACUUCAGGGAUCGACGACGUGUCGAAGAACAAGAGCAACGACGAAAAGUUUUGCGUGCGAAGCUUGCUGCUUCAGGGCCUACCAGUGAAAGCCAAAAGCAGACAUUCCUGAUCAACGAGAGCAAAGAAGAUGAUCAAGGCUUCAUCUACGUUCACGAUAAUAUCGCCCAGCGUAUAAAGCAACACCAGAUUUCAGGGGUUCGAUUCAUGUGGAAUCAAAUCGUUAUGAAAUCGCAAGUCAGACAAGGCUGUCUGUUGGCACAUACAAUGGGCCUGGGGAAAACUAUGCAGAUUAUUACAUUAUUGGUUACAAUCGCAGAUGCCGCUGCUUCUGAUGAUGCUUCCAUCUCAUGUCAGAUUCCCGACGAUUUGAAGGAAUCUAGAACUCUGAUUCUUGCCCCGCCCGCACUCAUCAACAAUUGGUUGGACGAAUUUCUGCUCUGGGCCCCCGAAUCCCAUAAUCUUGGUGACUUUUUCAAGCUUGAUGCGGAAAUCUCGCAUGUUGAGAGAAUCGAGACCAUUAAUAAAUGGGCCGACGACGGAGGAAUUCUGAUAAGCGGGUACAACAUCUUUCAGGGACUCAUGAAGGCCUAUGAGGAUGUGGCAAACAUAUUCAGAGACAAGCCUAACAUCGUUGUUGCAGACGAGGCUCACAUGAUGAAAAAUCCAUCAACCAAUAUUAAUUCACUCACAAGAGACUUCAGGACGCAUAGUCGGAUUGGCCUGACUGGUUCUCCACUGGCUAAUAAUGUCGUCGAGUACCAUGCCCUGAUCAAUUGGGUUGCUCCAAACUAUCUCUCUGAUUUGAGGGAGUUCCGUCAGGACUAUGCCAAACCCAUUGAAGAAGGACUGUCCAUGGACAGCACCCCGUACCAGCGUCGCAAGGCCCUGACGAAGCUCAAGGUUCUCAAGGACACAGUUGCGCCCAAAGUCCACAGGAAAACAAUCGCAGUACUGAAGGAUGAUCUUCCACCCAAAGUGGAGUUCGUCCUAGGAGUUCCGUUGACCGAAAUGCAGACCAACGCAUAUAGAGUAUAUAUGAGCUCUCAAGAUGGAGAGGUUGGUUCGACCAGAAUCUUUGCUUCCUUGAAUAUUCUGGCGUUGCUCUGUGCGCAUCCUUCCAUCUUUCGUUCUCGAUUGGAAGAAGAGAAGAUUGGCGGCCAAGCAAAAGCCACAGGCAAUGUUGCCAAGCAAAAUGAUUCCACGCCCGCGGACGGUGAAAACGGGAUGGCGACGAAGUCUAACAUUGUUUCUUUGCCGCCUUCGCUUAUCAGCAAGGAACUCGCAUUACUGCCCAAGUCUGGAAUCGACAACUUGACCAAAUCGUGGAAAAUGGUGAUGUUGUGCAAAAUUCUUGACGAAAGCAAACGAGUGGGAGACAAAGUCUUGGUUUUCUCGCAAUCGCUUCCAACACUCGACUUCAUUGAGAGAUUAUGUCAUCUACAAAAGCGACCCUGCUCGCGGCUUGAUGGUAAAACCAACACAAACAAACGCCAAAACAUGGUGAAAGUUUUCAACCAGGACGACUGUGAGGUGUUCCUUAUCUCAACUACAGCUGGGGGCCUGGGCCUCAACAUUACGGGAGCCAAUCGCGUCGUCAUAUUUGACAUCAAGUUCAAUCCCCAAAACGAGCAGCAGGCCAUCGGCCGAGCCUACCGCAUAGGCCAGAAGAAGCCUGUCUUUGUUUAUCGGUUUGUAUGUGCUGCGACGUUUGAAGACAAACUUCUUACGAGAACGAUCUUCAAGAUGCAAUUGGCUUCUCGAGUCGUCGACAAGAAGAAUCCCAUACCAAAAGCGCAGCCCCUAGAGCAACUGCUGGAAAUGCCUGGUGAUCCAGUGUAUCAGGAUUUAGAUUCAUACAAAGGGAAAGAUAAUGUGCUUGACAGCAUCCUCAACUCCGAAACGCACAGGCCAGGCCUAUGUUCCAUUGUAAUGACGGACACGUUCGAGGAGGAG